UGUACAAUACCUAACAUAGAAAUGUAAGCUGCAGUACCUAUCUGGCAUCAGCUUUUAUCGAAAUGGUUACAUGACAGCCCGGUAUGGCGCAAUAACGCACGCACAUGUGGUUUUGUCUCGGCUGAUCCUUUUUUUUUCUAUCGGAAAAGCCGUACCGUACAUACAUCCCCUCGGCGCUAACCCCUUCUUGUAAAUCCUGUGCCAUCUGAAGUUUCCAUCGGUGUCGCCUUGGGGAAUCCUUCAUCGUUUGUUUCGUUCGUCCGGUUUUUAACUAUCGUAACCGUCUUCCUCCUUUUCGUUCGCCAUGAGCACCGAGCCGCUUCUCGCUGAGUCGCGUCGAGUCCAGAGGUCGUCGUCUUCAGAUUCUUCAGAUAUGGGCUUUGAAAACGGGAUCGUGCACGAGGAUGUCCUUGAUGCGUAUCGCGACGACCACGAUGCUGACUUGGUCACCGCUACCGAGGCCCGCUCGCUGUCGCGUGGUCUUGGCCAGCGACAUCUUUCCAUGAUAGCUAUUGCCGGCGCUAUUGGUACCGGACUCUUCUUGGGGCUCGGAGGUGCUAUACAGACGGCCGGCCCGCUCGGAGCUCUGCUGGGUUACGCUAUCGUCGGACUUAUCGUGUGCGCCGUGACGUUUGCACUAGGCGAGGUGGCCGCCCUCCUGCCUGUGACGGGUUCCUUCGUUCGACACGCCGAAUUCCUUGUAGAUCCGGCGCUCGGAUUUGCCGUGGGUUGGAACCUGGUAUACGGCGCGGCGCUGUCGAUCCCGAGCGAACUUACGGCCAUAUGUGUGCUGUUCACCUUCUGGACCGAGGAUGUGCACCCGGCGGCCUACAUCAUGAGCUUUAUCGUGCUGACCUUCAUCGUGGGAAUCUCCUUCGUGCGCGUCUUCGGUGAGGUUGAGUUCGUGUUUGCCCUGCUCAAGGUCCUGCUCAUCGUCUUCCUCAUCAUUUUCGAUAUCAUCGUUGCUGCCGGUGGUAUCCCCGGAAUCCCAGCCACCGGCUUCAAGUACUGGCGCGACCCGGGCCCGUUUGUUGAACAUAUCGCCUCCGGAAACCUCGGCCGCUUUCUGGGCUUUUGGAGCGUCCUAGCUAGCGCUGUUUUCUCCUUCGCAGGCGUCGAGUCUAUCGCCAUGCCUGCGGCUGAACUAAGGAACCCGGCAAAAGCCAUCCCGCGUGCUUGCAAGCGUGUGUUCAUCCGUGUGCUGCUGUUUUAUAUGUUAGCCAUCUUCGUAGUUGGUUUGCUAGUAGCCAGCGAUGACGACCGACUAAACGAUUCCUCAGGGACCGCCGCUCAGAGCCCGUUCGUUAUUGCAGCUUCAGCCGCCGGCAUUAGCGCCAUUCCCAGUGUCGUCAAUGCCAUCGUUAUUACAUCAGCCUGGUCGUCCUCAAACCAAACCCUACUAUCCGGCACGCGUGUGUUGUACGCCUUAGCUCUGAAAGGACAGGCUCCUCGCGUGUUCCUACGGACCACAUCCUGGGGCACCCCUUACGCCUGCGUGCUGUUCUACACCGCGUUCAUGUUUCUCAGCUUCCUGAGCCUAGACUCGAGCGCGCUGACUGUGUUCUGGUACCUCGUCGACCUGACGGCGGCCAGCAUCCUUGUGUCAUGGAUCACGAUCUUAAUUAAUCACAUUCGGCUCAAGUUAGCCGUGGCGAAGCAGGGUAUCCCAGUUUCGCGGCUACCAUGGCAUAACUGGUGGUCUUAUUACACGUCGAUUUUUGCUCUCAUCAUGUGUAUCAUUAUAUUGUUAACAGGUGGUUUUGAGGUCUUCACCGCAGGAAACUGGGACGCCAGCGGCUUUAUCUCGGCCUACUUGGACAUGCCGCUCGUGCUUUGUGCGUAUCUGAUAUAUAAGUAUGUUAAGAAAACUAGGGUUGCGUCGCUAAAGAGCAUACCACUCGAUGAUGCCAUUUUACAGGCAGAUCAGUAUCCCGAUGAACCUCAGGAGAAGUCGGGAGGCUGGAAGCGCGCGAUCUCUUGGCUCUGGGAUUGAUGUUUUGGCGGUACGGCUUCACUAUAGACUAAAUCGAAUAGACCACUAUAAUUUCUUCAUUCCGUCCAUACCUUCAAUGCACUCUUGCUUCUCCUUACUCGACCCGACAUUUUCAGACUAAGGAGAGCCCAUUCAAUCGGCUACCUACGCAGAUUCCAUCAAACCCGCAGCGUAACCUAUUUACCCCUGAAUACCAGUUCAGGCUGCGGUAAUCUUGAUAUAUCCAGUAAAUUCACCCGGAUUCAGCGGCUUCCCCGUCGCCAAGUUAUUGCUGUUGGGACCCAAUAAUCUCAAGAAAUAGUAUUCGCCCGCUUCGGUGUUGUUCUGGUAGUUGAAACCCCAGGUCGUCACAUUGACAGCUCCUAGAAACACGCCUGGCUGCACUUCUCCGUCUAUGACGUGUGAAUCUAGAACAUAUCAGCGUCGUUAUACC